AAGAAUAUAAGAAACAAAAGAAUUUAUGAAAAUAAUGUCAAUGUCAAAGACAAAAAUCUUUUACAUAUAAUAAAAAAAUCAACAAUCCUGAUUUGCUUUAUGUAAAAUAGAAUUUCUUUCUUUUGUGAGAAAGCUAUUUCAAUUAAUUCUUCUGAAUUUUUCUUCUGUCUAGUGAAAUGAAUUACUCAAUAUUUAAAAUGUAUUUGGGGAACAGCAGCAGUUGUUUACAGACUGACUAUGUGUGUGUUUUCAAAAUAGGAAACUGCAUUUCAGGAAGUGGUUAACAUGGUUAGUGUCACAGUUAUUUCUCAAUGUAUGUUUUGGAAGAUCCUGAAUGACUACUUUGAUGUCAUGAAACUAGUCAGCAUCCUCUAAAGCUGAAUGGGGAAAAUGGGUGUGGUUUCUCAUAUUUACACUGUAUGUAAAUUCACAUUAUCAACAACUGCCCUUCUUUCAGUAAAGUACAGUGUAAAAUAUACUAACCACUUGGUACAAACAAGUGUCACUUCUCUGAUGUUGUUAAGAUGUCCUGUUAUGUGCCCUUAUACUGUAGCCUUAUGUAUCUGCACCCUCCUCCUGGUCUCUUGCAUGCCUUUAACAAAGAUAAGAACUGCGAGUUGUUUCACUGGGACUGGAUCGGUCUUUUUCCCUUUGUGAGUAAGCCAGUCCCCUUAGCAUGAUGCAUCCACGACCCCAUCACCAUCACUUUUAAUAAAAUUAAACUCUUUUUCCUGAAACCUGUUAUGGUGUUAAACGUUUUAAAAGUAGAAGGAAUCAAUUAAACCUCACUUACAGAUCCGAUAACAUUCCGAAAACGCUGCUUUACGCUGUUCAAAUGUUUAUUCCAGCGAGUCUCUAGUGCGUAAUUGUGGAAACUUUGAACCGCCCGUAAAUCCACCGGGGCUCUCCAAGUUGCGCUCCGUUUGCGCUCGUUGCGAGUUUCUUUAUCAAAAUAUACGAUAAACAUUGAGAACGUAAAAGGAUAGUUUCACAUUUGAAAGACAUAUCUUUCGACACUCUCUGAGGAUGUUACUCCGAACCAGGGCAGGAUUUUAUCGCCAGGAGACAAACGGAACCGUUUGGGACGUGCCGGAGAGAUACAGCGAUCUCAUUCAGAUAGGAACCGGAGCAUACGGAACGGUCUGUUCAGCCGCUGACCAUAAGACGGGAGAGCGUGUGGCCAUCAAGAAGCUCCACCGGCCGUUCCAGUCCAGACUGUUCGCCAAACGCGCUUACAGAGAGCUGCGACUGCUCAAGCACAUGAAACACGCGAAUGUUGUUGGACUGCUGGAUGUCUUUACCUCGGAAAUACUGUUGGACAGAUUUCAGGAUUUUUACCUGGUGAUGCCGUUUAUGGGCACUGAUUUGGGAAAGCUGAUGAAGAUGCAGAGACUAUCGGAGGACAGGGUGCAGUUUCUGGUCUAUCAGAUACUAAGGGGUCUGAAGUACAUUCAUUCAGCCGGGAUCAUUCACAGGGAUCUCAAACCAGGAAAUCUGGCAGUGAACCAGGACUGCGAGUUGAAGAUCUUGGACUUUGGACUUGCACGUCAAGCAGAUUCAGAGAUGACAGGUUAUGUUGUAAGCCGCUGGUACAGAGCACCGGAGGUUAUCCUCAACUGGAUGCACUACUCACAAACAGUUGAUAUCUGGUCAGUGGGCUGCAUCAUGGCGGAGAUGUUGCUUGGAAGGCCACUUUUUAAAGGAAACGACUAUCUGGACCAGCUGAGAGAGAUCAUGAAAAUCACAGGAACACCAGCACCAGAUUUCAUCAUGAAGCUACAGAGCCAAGAUGCCAAAAACUACAUCAGAGGUCUACCUAAAGUACCAAAGAAAGACUUAAACACUAUUUUCUUUAAUGCCAGCUCAGAAACGGUGAACGCUCUGGAGCAGAUGCUGGUUCUGGAUCCAGACAAACGCGUGAGCACUGCAGAAGCGCUUGAGCUUCCACUGUUCACAGAGUUCAGAGAACCUGAGGAAGAGACGGAGGCCCUGCCUUAUGAUCACUCUAUGGACAACACAGAAAUGCCUCUGGAUCAAUGGAAACGUCACACUUUUACAGAGAUCCUCUUAUUCCAGCCACCCAUCACAGAGAUCAGAGACUCCAAAGAAAUACCCCUCUGAGUGACCGCAGAUACACACUAUAUAUAAAAUGCAUGAAUGCAUUUGAAAAGAAAAUAGAAUAAAUGUAAACUAUAUGACAAGAUUUUGUUACAAUGUUGUUCAGUUAUGAGGUUCCAGAUUAUUAUAUGGUUAUGUGAUAUCUCUUUAUUACUUGACUUGAAUAUGCAAAAUCCAUUUUUUACCUGCAAACAAAAACCAUUGUAUUUGAAAGUUAGUCUUAAUGAUUUCAGCAUGCCAGUAGGCUUAUUUUUUAUUUACUUUACUUAUAAGUUCUUAUUUAAUGUAUUAACGCAACAGUUUACACAGAAUAUGUCAUGGUUAGCACAUUUAACACUGCACCUCUUUUUUAAUUAAUGAAUAAAACCAUCUUAAUGAG